AUGGGAGGACUCGACGAAGAUUUUAUCCAAGCUCCUGAACACAGACCCAACACAAAACUCACUAACUCCGGCGAUUUCAUCUUCUCCGACGAGAUCCCGACCAUCGACCUCUCUUCCGAUCGUGACAAAACAACCAUCGCGACAGAGAUCGCAGAGGCAUGCGAGAGAUGGGGAUUUUUUCAGGUGAUCAACCACGGUUUACCGUCGGAUCUAAGGCGUCGUGUGGAGAAAACAGCGGCGGAUUUUUUCAUUCUAACGGCGGAGGAAAAGAGAAGAGUGAAAAGAGACGAAGUGAAUCCUAUGGGUUAUCACGACGAAGAACAUACUAAGAACGUUAGAGAUUGGAAAGAAAUUUUCGAUUUCUUCUUGCAAGAUCCGACGAUCGUUCCGGCGACUCCGGAGCCGGAAGACACCGAGCUCAGAGAGCUCACGAAUCAGUGGCCUCAAAACCCUUCUCAUUUCAGAGAGGUAUGCCAAGAAUAUGCAAGAGAAGUUGAGAAGUUAGCUUUCAAGCUCUUGGAACUUAUCUCCAUUAGCUUGGGUUUGUCGGGUGAUCGGUUAAAGGACUACUUCAAGGAGCAAACGAGUUUUUUGCGAUUUAACCAUUACCCUCCUUGCCCAAACCCUGAGCUAGCAUUAGGCGUUGGACGCCACAAAGAUGGAGGAGCUCUUACCGUAUUGGCCCAAGAUAGUGUAGGUGGAUUACAAGUGAGUCAUAGAUCGGAUGGACAAUGGAUCUCAGUGAAACCGAUCCCGGAUGCUUUAAUUAUUAAUAUUGGCAACUGUAUGCAGGUGUGGACAAAUGAUAAGUAUUGGAGUGCAGAACAUAGAGUGGUAGUGAACACAAGCAAAGAGAGAUUCUCAAUCCCGUUCUUCUUUUUUCCAUCACACAAAGCCAACAUUAAGCCAUUGGAGGAACUUAUAAGAGAAGAAAACCCGCCUUGUUACAAAAGUUACAAUUGGGGCAAGUUCUUUGUUUCGAGAAACAGAAGUGAUUUCAAAAAGCUCGAAGUUGAGAACAUCCAGAUUGAUCACUUCAAGGCUUAA